UUCAUUUAUUUAUUCUUAUUUUCAGACAUUACUUAUUUGAAUGAAGUUUCGGAUAGUGGAGAGGAAAUCAACAUUAACAUUGAAAAUGACAUUUCUUAUUUUAAUGAAGAUUGGGAAAGUGCAGAGGAAAUGUAUAUAUUAACAAACAACAGCAACAUUGGAAAUGAUAGUGAAUUAGAAUCUGGUGAUAGUAAUGAUCAUGAUGAUGGUGAAGACAAUAAUGAAUGGGAUGUAAUGAAAAGUGUAGCUGAAGAAGUAUUGAAAACAAAAAAGAGGGGUAGACCUGUGGGAAGCAAGUCAGGUAUCCAUGGAACACUUAUUGCGGAAGAAGAAGAGGAAGAGGAACAUGAGUGCACAGUGAAGGCUAAGAAAAAACAGAGGUUAGAUGUGUGUGGGCUUAUGUCCUUAGGAUGCUGUGCAAUGUUGUGCUUGUCACUGGUCUCAGAGAACUGUCUUGUGAUGGUAUAUGAAAACAUGGCUGCCUACAGCAAAACAGAAAGAAACCAGUGGGUGCUAAACUGGCUAUGGUCUCACAACAAGUGGAAUGAAGGAGAUGGCAGUUUCACAUUUUUUUACAGCAUAAGUGAAUGGAAUGUCUGCCUUACCGCGUGGUUAAGUGUGAUUGGUGUCCCAUUAUCAACUUACUAUGCCAUAAGAACUAGAUUCUUUAAUUGUGAAAAAACUAUUCCUUCACAGGGCAAUAAAGAAGGUAGAACAGGUGUGGCUACUCAGUAUGCCAUGGUUUGGUUGAGGGACUUUAUUACAAAAUAUGCACAAAUGCAGCCAGACAAGUGUGAGUUACAUCUGCCACCGUGCCUCACCAAACAAGGCAUAUAUGAGAACAUGAAAGAAGAAUUAACUCAAUUGCAGUCACCUCUUAUCUCAGAAAAACAUUUUUAUAAGAUGUGGAAGAAAGAUUUGCCACAUGUAAAGAUACCUAAGAAUUCCAGACUUUCCAAAUGUAAUAUAUGCACAAGAAUUAAGCUUCAUUUGGCUGAUGUCAAAGACAAAAAAAGCAGACUUGUAUUAAUUAGUAUGCGCAAUGAACAUCUAAAGAAACAAAGCUUGGAACGACAAAAAUAUUAUAAACAUAUCCAAAAGGCAAAGAAGCAUCCAGACAAAUACCUGAGCAUCAUCAUUGAUGGGAUGGACCAAAGCAAGACAGAAAUACCGCACUACAUGUAUGUCAGUUCAAUGGUUAGCUGUCUUUGGAAAUUGCGUGUUCAUUUGGCAGGAGCAAUUGUGCAUGGUGUUGGGAUAUAUGGUUUUUUUGAUUACAUGCAGUACCAACAUGGAAGUGCCCUUACUAUUCACGUUUUGAUAAAUAUAUUGUGGAUGUUAAAAGAAAAGUUACCAGCCACACUGUAUAUGCAAAUGGAUAAUUGUGGUAGAGAGAAUAAGAAUCGGUAUCUGUUUGCCUUUCUGGGAUUGUUGGUGGAGCUAAAAGUCUUCAAAAAAAUAAAGGUUUCAUUUUUACCAGUUGGCCACACACAUGAAGAUAUUGAUCAAGUUUUUUCAAGGUUUUCACAUUGGCUUACAGACCACUCUGCACUGACAUUGCCAUCACUCAUCAAGGGUUUUGAAAAGUGUACCACACCAUCACCGACUGGUAUAAUCACUGAAGAUGUAUUUAAUGUUACUGAGUGGAUUGCUCCUCACAUUUCGUCUAUUUCUGGACAUUCAAAACCACAUGCCUUCAAAUUUGAAUCUGAUGAAAAUGGAAGAGCAAUGCUGUUUACAAAGGCAUAUGCCAAUGAUAAGAAUUGGGACCAUUGUGAAGGUACAGAAAAAUACCUUCUAAAAUCAAGACCAUCUGGACAGCCAAAUAUUAUAGAGCCUAACUUUGAAAAAGUUGACCUAGUUAAACUAGAAAAUGACAUUGAAAAGGCUUUUAAAUAUUUUAAAAGUGAAGACAUAGUUUGGUGGAGGCAACUUUUCCUAUCUGCAAACAGUACUGAAACAGCAGGAGAUUUGCCAUUCAGACUUUAUGAAAUUAUUGAAGCUAAGCAGAAUACCAAUGCAACAUUACCAGUUAAUCUUGACACACCAAAUACGGAAGUCUUUGAUUUCCUGGAAGAAGAGGAAGUAUAUGCACCAAUUAUACUUGGAAAGAAAACAAAGACAGCUAAUAGCCCACUGAAAGUAGAUGAUUUUGGCGUUUUUGAUGUACCAACAUAUGCUGGCAAGUGGCCACAAAUUGGUAAAGUUGUGGAAUUUGUUGGGGACAAAUUAAAGGUGCAGUGGUACAAAGGUUCAAAAACCACAAUUUGGAAUCCUUGUACAAUUCCAGUCAAGGGUCAGAAAGGUGAAAGACAACCAUGGACUGAACUAGUUUCAAAAACAGAUGUAAAGCUGUCUGGUUUCCAGUUAACUGCAUCUUGUUUUUUACCAAAGCAUGUAAAAGACUUUAUUGAUGGAUAUGAUUUUAAUUAAAUGAAAUUCUGUGUUGUCAAAGAUCAUGUAUAUUUUAUUUUAAGAAUUGAAUGAAAGGAAGAGAUAUACUAAUGACUCUUUUUGGCCAUUAACAAUGAAUAUUUUUUCCCCAAAAAAAUUGGUUUAGCAUAAAUAUUGAUAUCAAAUAUGUCAGGAGCCUCUGGCCUUUGUUAGUCUUGUAUUAUUUUAAUUUUAGUUUCUUGUGUACAAUUUGGAAAUUAGUAUGGCGUUCAUUAUCACUGAACCAGUAUAUAUUUGUUUAGGGGCCAGCUGAAGGACGCCUUCAGGUGCGGGAAUUUCUCGCUACAUUGAAGACCUGUUGGUAACCUUCUGCUGUUGUUUUUUUAUUUGGUCGGGUUGUUGUCUCUUUGACACAUUCCCCAUUUCCAUUCUCAAUUUUAAAAUUUGACCUAGAAUUUAUUUGAAUGUAAUGAUGGUUUUCCAAAAGUGUUAAAUUAGGGAAAUUGUUUUAUUGAUAUUUUUGUAUUUGACAAAUGAAAUGUAUUCAAAAACUGAAAAAAAACCCAUAAGAAUGGAAAUUGUAUUAUGAAAUAUGCUAAAAAAAAUGUAACAAAUUAACUUUUUAUGACUUAAUAAGUUUUUAUAUUUAAAUGCUUGAAAAUUUAUGAUUGAUAUUGAAAAAAUACAACAUCAUUUUAUUUGUUGGUAGAUACUUAUAGAUUUAGUAUUUUUGUUUUUUAAACUCAAUGCAUUUUUUCAUUGUCAUGU